AUGACUACCUCACCGAGCUUCCGAAGAACCAUGGAAAUCACGAACAACGCAAUGACGCCUCCAAUGGCCUCCCGAUCUCGAUCUUCGUCACUCUCGUCCUCCUUUGACGAGUCAUACUUCUCCAAAACCUACGUCCCCCUUUCGAGCCUACCCACUCCACCUCACUCAUCACACUCGAACGCCAGCACACGCCAGCAGUCUCCAGAGGCGAUUUUCUCGCCAGGAGAAGUUCCAGACCCUGAGCUCCUAGGCCCGGCAAUUCACCUAACAAACCUGAUACCGUCGUCCACCUCCUUAAUAACGACCUCUGUUCCGCUCGUCCAUACAAUCAUCACGCGAGCAAAUCUCCCCCUCGAGACCAUCGCUCUCGCUGUCAGUAUACUCGAUUCGCUGAAUUCUCGCUUCGCACUACAAUGGCGCAAAGGCUGUCCACUUGUGGCGCAACAUAUGCCCUGCUCUUUUGGGAAUCUUGACGAGAGGCUUGAGGAGCAGCAUAUUGAUUCCGUCCUCCCCGAGCUCGUUGUUCUCUCCGCGUUGAUCUUGGCAGUCAAGUUUUCGGACGAUGCACAGCAGACCACGAAAAAGUAUGCCGAGAAAUGGGGCAACGGAUUGUGGACCUGUCAGCAAAUAAACUUCACUCAAUGGUGUAUCCUGGAGAACCUAGGUCACAGGCUUCUACCACUGUGGAAGCACUCUAUUAUUCUGGAAGCUCUGAAAGACAUGGAGCGAGCAGGUCACCAACACAUCCCUGAGAUUUAUGAUGCUGAUGAAGAUUGGGAUGCGGCUACUUGCUUUGGAAGUGUUCGGAGCUUGGCACAUAAAAGGAAAACGAGUGAUGUCAAGGCAGUUAUGGGAAUUUGCGAGCAAGAGACGCCUGCUGAGACGCCAAUGGUUGAAAAUAUCAAAGGCACUCAAGACUUGUCUCUCGAAACGCAAAGUAUUUUUCAGAGUGGCAGUGGAAGUGAAGGAUACCUUCAGCUUCCAGACAAGACGGCUAUUACGAGAGAGACAUUCCCAAUGUAUGUCGAGCCCAGCAUCGAGGGCACGGGUUUGGGCUUUUGA